ACCGCCACGGAGCGCUGGCUGGCCAGAGGGCUGCACCAGGCAGCCCGCCCCGCCGAGCCAUCACUGGGCUCCCGAAAGCAGGCGCAGCGGGUGGAAGAUGGCAGGGCUGCAGCGAGGCACAGGGCCCCUCUGGGCGCUGGGCGGCACCGCGCUGGGGGUCUGCCUUGCAGGGGUCGCUGGGCAGCUGGUGGAGCCCAGCACGGCCCCGCCCAAGCCCAAGCCGCCCCCGCUGACCAAGGAGACGGUGGUGUUCUGGGACAUGCGCCUGUGGCACGUGGUGGGCAUCUUUUCGCUCUUCGUGUUGUCCAUCAUUAUCACCCUGUGUUGUGUCUUCAACUGCCGCGUGCCACGGACCCGGAAGGAGAUUGAAGCCCGGUACCUACAGCGAAAGGCAGCCAAGAUGUACACAGACAAGCUAGAGACCGUGCCGCCCCUCAAUGAGCUCACAGAAAUCCCCGGAGAGAAGAAGAAGAAGAAGAAGGACAGCGUGGACACAGUGGCCAUCAAGGUAGAGGAAGAUGAGAAGAAUGCAGCCAAGAAGAAGAAAGGAGAGAAAUGAGGGGAGCGUCCUGGAGGUGGCCACUGGGGCUGGCAGGCCCUGGAGCUCAAGAUCUGGCCAGGGUCCAGGCACCCUGGACUCCAAGUUUAUAUGCAGACCACAGAGGCUGUAGUCAGAGCAGGGAGGGGAAGGCCCAUGGCCACAUCCUCACAGCCCAUCAUGUGUAGAAACAAGACCACACUGGGUGUCCUGCCUCCCAGCCUAGACUCCACUACCUUCACCCCAUCCACAUGGGCCUUGGGCCACUGUCCCUCUGCAGAUGCAGAAUGGCCUCACACUGCUCUCCCCACCCAGAUAUGCCUGCCUCCUACCUUUUCUGCUAGGGGCAUCAGUGGCUAGCAGGUAAAACAGGAUGUGGGCUUCCCUUCUGGCAGGGGAUGGCCAAACUACUUGGGUUGGGCUGUGAGGCCACACCCAGACUGGCCCUAAGAAGGCUGAGAGGCCUGCUGGGGGGAGUUGUGAUAAGAGCAGGGACUUCAGUUAAGGCAGGUAGCAGCCCUGACGGUGAGGACACUGCCCCAAGCCUGGCAGGGGUUCCAGCCCAAGGAAGUGAGCAGAGGUAGGCCUGGAAACAGAACCCCCAGCACUGCAGAGAUCAAGAUCAAGGCAAUGGGAUCCCCUCUUUCACACAUUGUGAUGAAGCUGAGACUGCUGGGAGGCCCAGCAUGAGGUACAGGAGCUCAGGCUCAAGCUGGGGGAUGUGGGGUGGGCCAGAGGGAGCAGGGAAGAAAGGUAGGGCCUGGGCCUCCUCUUGGAAAUCAAGGAACAUUUGAGAACAAGGGUGACCUCAGGCUAUUCUGGUGGCCCCUGAAGUGGGAGGUUUCGUGGGAAUCAGGACAGGGGCACAAUUAGCCUCCCGCUAGCUGAAUAUAACAGCCCCCAGCUUCCUAGCAGCUUCUUCAACCAUUUCCCAUGAGGAGCUCCUAAAAGAAGUAUUUCUGACCAGAAGACAAAGGCCCAGACACCGCCUAGGGGAGGGAAGAUGCACAGAGGCACUGAACUUCAAACUGAGACGCUCAGGCCUGGGCCGGAAGACUAAGGAGACACCAGAGGUUUCCGAGCCAGGGAAGCCUGCUGCAAAAACAGCCUGCAAGAGAUUUGUAAAUAAAGCUGAGUUCCUUCUCAGACCCAUAUAAAACCACCUCCUGAGAUGACCCCUCAUGCUGCUC